AUGAGUGCACCAUUAUCAAUUCUAAAAUCCCUUUAUUAUCUCCUUAAAGCUUCACAUUCGCGAAGUGCAGUGAUCAUAACAUUGGCAACACUGGCCUCUUGUGUUGUUGUGUUUACGAUGGCUGGUCAAACUAAUUCCAUGGCUUUGCAAGCAUUUUGUUCCUUAUGUAUAUUUGAUUUGCUUUUCAUCGGUACUGGACUUCUUACAAUAUGGAAUACUGAAACUCGUACUAAGAAAAACGAUCAUAAACUUCAAUCGGCAAAGAACGACAGUUCAACAUCACUUUUUAUUCCAUCACAAACGCUCGCAACAUUUUCCUAUGGUACAGCUCGUUUUGAAGUCCUAGCUGUAUUUACAUCGACAAUGCUUUCCAUACUUGGAGCAUUUUUUAUUCUUAAAGAAUCUAUUGAAAAUUUUCUUGAAAAUGAGCCAAUCGAUACUGAAUAUUUAAUGCCAGCAUCUCUCAUAACAUUUGUAAUGCACCUUAUUGCUGUUUAUUUUGUACCGAAUCCAUCGUUCGAUCAUGUUAUAGCAGCUAGUUCAUCCAGUUGGUUACAAGAACAUGUUAGUGACAUGUUUCAAAAUCUUUGCCACUAUAUACCUGGCUUAAGUCGUCUUCUUUUACCACGUAUCAAUCCAUUUGCAUUGCUUGGCUGGUGUGAUUUAGCUAUUGUUUUGUCGGACUUAUUUCUUUUAAGAAUGAGCUAUGGAAAUUUCGUUGAUACAUUAGCAUCGUUACUCAUUGCUUUUAUGACAUUUGGAACAAUGGUACCUAUGGCAAUCUACAGUGGAAAAAUCUUAUUACAAACAACACCAUCACACAUGAUUGGACAAUUAGAUAAAUGUUUACACGAAGCAUCGAGACUUGAUGGAGUUUUGGAAUUACGAAAUGAACAUUUUUGGGCUUUAUCAUUUGGCACAUUGGUUGGAUCGUUACAUGUUCGUUGUCGACGAGAUGCCGAUGAACAAUUGGUCUUAGCUCAUGUCUGGAAUAGAUUGGCUAAUGUUGUUCAAAUUUUAACUAUUCACGUUUUCAAAGAUGAUUGGCUUCGCCAUCAAACUCAUACAUUUAUGCAAUCUCAAACUAGUAAUCCGAUUCCAUCUACCAAUUUUCCUGCAUCACAAUACAAUGGUUUUGUGGUUGUAACAUAG